AUGAAAUAUAAGAAGACAUUGGAUGUUAUUAAAUCAUUUAUUCUUACUCAUCGCUCAAAAUCGUUUCCAAGUGCAAUAAUGUGGAUAAAAACAUCGCUUUCUGGCGAUUUCUUGCCAAAUUUCUUGUUGAAUUUCAACUCGCCAAUGUUCAUGCUUGUGGCGAUGCUGCUUUUCUCGGUGACCCUCGUUGGAUGCAGCAAAGGAAAAGGAUCGAGAAACUCGGUCAGAUCUCUGCAAAAAGGUCCUCUACCACAGCAGCGAUCAAUACUUUCUUCGGUGCCUUCUGCUCAGCUCACGCAGGCGAAAUUCGAACUCUCUCAACAAAGCACUCAACAGUCUCUUCCGCAGGCUUCUUCUCGUCAAUCCCUCACCAUUUCAGUUUUAAAGGUUGAAUCAAGUGAUCCCAAGCAACAAAAGCAACAACAAUCCUCGCAAGAGAUAGAUGUCUUCGAAUGUGCAGUCACUCAGCCGGAUGUCCUUCUUCAAUAUGAAUACCUCUUCAAAUUCCUUAACGAUGCAUCGCAAGUC